AUGCUGGUCAUCUUGAAAAUUGUUGUGAUGUUCAGUGGUUAUAUUCAUCAAAGUGAGGUCACGUCUUACAAGGUCACGUCUUGCAAGGUCACGUCUUGCAAGGUCACGUCUUGCAAGGUCACGUCUUGCAAGGUCACGUCUUGCAAGAUCACGUCUUGCAAGGUCACGUCUUGCAAGGUCACGUCUUGCAAGGUCACGUCUUGCAAGGUCACGUCUUGCAAGGUCACGUCUUGCAAGGUCACGUCUUGCAAGGUCACGUCUUGCAAGGUCACGUCUUGCAAGGUCACGUCUUGCAAGGUCACGUCUUGCAAGGUCACGUCUUGCAACGUCACGUCUCAAAAAGCCAUUCCUCACAGAACCAUCGUCACAGAACCAUCGUUACAGAACCAUACCUCACAGAACCACGCCUCACAGAACCACGCCUCACAGACCCACGCCUCACAGACCCACGCCUCACAGAACCAUACCUCACCAUGUCAACCUUACAAGGUCUUCCCUUCAGCUUGGAGUUAUUGA